AUGAUGCCCCAAAAGAAAAAGAGGAGAAAGAAAGACAUCGACUUUCUCGCCCUGUACGAGGAGGAGCUGCUGAACUACGCCUCAGAGGACGACGAGGAGGAGCUGGAGCACGAGUACUACAAGGCCAAAGUCUACGAGGUGGUCAUAGCCACGGGGGAUGUUCGCGGCGCAGGGACAGAUGCCAAUGUCUUCAUCACCAUUUUUGGAGAGAAUGGGCUCUCUCCCAAGCUCCACCUCACCAGCAAGAGUGAAUCUGCCUUUGAGAAAGCCAAUGUCGACGUCUUCCGGGUGAGAACCAACAACGUGGGCCUCAUCUACAAAAUCAGGAUCGAGCAUGACAACACCGGCCUGAACGCCAGCUGGUACCUGGAUCGUGUGAUCGUGACCGACAUGAAGCGGCCUCACCUCCGCUACUACUUCAACUGCAACAACUGGCUGAGCAAGGUGGAAGGUGACCGCCAGUGGUGCCGUGACCUGCUAGCCAGCUUCAACCCCAUGGACAUGCCCCGAGGUAACAAGUACGAAGUCAAGGUAUACACUGGUGAUGUCAUUGGUGCAGGGACCGAUGCUGAUGUCGUCAUCAAUAUCUUCGGAGAGUAUGGAGACACGGGGGAGCGUAGGCUGGAAAAUGAAAAGGACAACUUUGAAAGGGGAGCUGAAGACAAGUUCACACUGGAUGCUCCCGAUCUGGGGCAGCUGAUGAAGAUCAAUAUUGGCCACAACAACAAGGGCGGGUCUGCAGGUUGGUUCCUGUCCAAGAUUGUCAUUGAAGAUAUUGGGAACAAGAGAAAAUAUGACUUCCCUCUUAACCGCUGGCUGGCCUUGGAUGAAGACGACGGCAAAAUCCAAAGGGAUAUCUUAGUGGGCGGAGCUGAGGCCACAGCUAUUUCAUAUAUUGUCACCGUCUUCACUGGGGAUGUCCGGGGUGCCGGGACCAAAUCCAAAAUCUACUUGGUUAUGUAUGGGGCCAGAGGGAAUAAGAACAGUGGGAAAAUCUUCUUGGAAGGCGGUGUGUUUGACCGUGGCCGCACAGACAUCUUCCACAUCGAGUUGGCUGUCCUCCUUAGCCCCCUGAGUCGGGUCUCCAUCGGACACGGCAACGUAGGCGUCAACAGAGGCUGGUACUGUGAGAAGGUGGUGAUUCUGUGCCCCUUCACCGGCAUCCAGCAGACCUUCCCUUGCGGCAACUGGCUGGACGAGAAGAAGGUGGACGGGCUGAUCGAGAGGCAGCUCUAUGAGAUGGUGUCUCUCAGGAAGAAGAGGCUAAAAAAGUUCCCCUGGUCCUUGUGGGUCUGGACGACCGACUUGAAGAAAGCUGGUACCAACUCUCCAAUCUUCAUCCAGAUUUAUGGGCAGAAGGGGCGGACAGAUGAGAUUCUCCUGAAUCCCAACAACAAGUGGUUCAAACCAGGCAUAAUCGAGAAAUUUAGGAUUGAGCUCCCGGAUCUUGGCAGGUUUUACAAGAUUCGGGCAUGGCAUGACAGAAGGAGCCCUGGUUCUGGCUGGCAUUUAGAGAGGAUGACCCUGAUGAAUACCCUGACCAAGGACAAGUAUAACUUCAACUGCAAUCGCUGGCUGGAUGCCAACGAGGAUGACAAUGAGAUCGUGAGGGAAAUGACCGCAGAGGGCCCAACGGUGCAGAGGAUAAUGGCCAUGGCCCGGUACCGUGUGACCGUGUGCACCGGAGAACUCGAAGGUGCAGGAACCGAUGCCAACGUCUACCUGUGCCUUUUUGGCGACGUGGGGGACACCGGGGAGCGGCUGCUCUACAACUGCAGGAACAACACCGACCUGUUUGAGAAGGGCAAUGCUCGCAGCAUUGAGAAGCCCAUGGCGAGUGUAGCCACUCAGCUGCCAGCUAACAUUUUGUGUGAGCUAACAGCCGGCGUUGUGAUGGCUGGUUGUUGGCCACUCAAAGAACUAACAGCCCCUUGUCUGCCCAACAGGUGGCUGGACAAGGAUAAGGAUGAUGGUCAGUUGGUCCGAGAGUUGCUGCCCAGUGAUAGCAAUGCGACACUGAAGAACUUCCGCUACCACAUCAGCCUGAAGACCGGGGACGUCUCUGGGGCCAGCACAGAUUCCAGGGUCUACAUCAAGCUCUAUGGGGAUAAAUCUGACACCAUCAAGCAAAUUCUUCUCGUCUCUGACAACAAUCUGCAGGACUAUUUUGAACGUGGCCGGGUGGAUGAGUUCACGCUGGAGACCCUGAACAUUGGAACUAUCAGUCGGCUGGUGAUUGGGCAUGACAGCACAGGCAUGCACGCCAGCUGGUUCCUCGGCAGUGUCCAGAUCCGCGUGCCCCGCCAAGGCAAGCAGUACACCUUCCCUGCCAACCGCUGGCUGGACAAGAACCAAGCUGAUGGGCGCCUGGAGGUGGAGCUCUAUCCCAGUGAGGUCGUGGAGAUCCAGAAAUUGGUCCAUUAUGAGGUUGAGGUUUGGACGGGGGAUGUGGGCGGUGCAGGCACCACUGCCCGAGUCUACGUGCAGAUCUAUGGCGAGGAUGGCAAGACAGAAGUGCUCUUCCUGUCCAGCCGCUCGAAAGUUUUUGAGCGGGCAUCCAAGGACACGUUCCAGCUGGAGGCGGCGGACGUGGGUGAGGUCUUCAAGAUCCGGCUGGGGCACACGGGCGAAGGCUUCGGACCCAGCUGGUUCGUGGACACGCUGUGGCUGCGGCACCUGGUGGUGCGGGAGGUGGAGCUCACGCCCGAGGAGGAGGCCCGGAAGAAGAAGGAGAAGGACAGGCUGCGGCAGCUGCUCAAGAAGGAGCGGCUGAAGGCCAAGCUGCAGAGGAAGAAGAAGAAGAAGAAGAAGGGUAGCGACGAGGAGGACGAGGGGGACGAGGAGGAGGAGUCCUCGUCGGAGGAGUCCUCGUCUGCGGAGGAGGAGGAGGAGGAGACCGAGGAGGAGGAGGAAGAGGAGGAGUUUGGGCCGGGGAUGCAGGAGGUGAUUGAGGAGUACAAGUUCGAAGCCCACCGCUGGCUGGCCCGGGGCAAGGAGGACAAUGAACUUGUCGUGGAGCUGGUGCCGGCAGGCCGGCCGGGUCCUGAGCCCAACACCUAUGAGGUCCAGGUAAUCACGGGGAAUGUGCCCAAGGCCGGCACCGAUGCCAAUGUCUACCUGACCAUCUACGGGGAGGAGUACGGGGACACAGGCGAGCGGCCCCUGAAGAAGUCGGACAAGUCCAACAAGUUUGAGCAGGGCCAGGUAGAGUACUACUUUCCAUGCCAGCGCUGGCUGGCAGUGGAGGAGGAUGAUGGCCAGCUGUCCCGGGAGCUGUUGCCAGUGGAUGAGUCCUAUGUGCUGCCCCCGAGCGAGGAUGAGGGGGCCGGGGGAGGUGGUGACAACAACCCCCUUGACAACCUGGCCCUGGAGCAGAAAGACAAAUCUACCACAUUCUCAGUGACCGUAAAGACUGGGGACAAGAAGAACGCAGGCACAGAUGCCAAUGUCUUCAUCACGCUCUUUGGCACGCAAGACAACACUGGAAUGACCCUCCUGAAAUCCUCCAAGACCAACAGCGACAAGUUUGAGAGGGACAGCAUCGAAAUCUUCACCGUGGAGACGCUGGACCUGGGAGAUCUGUGGAAAGUCAGGAUUGGCCAUGACAACACAGGCAAGGCUCCAGGCUGGUUUGUAGACUGGGUAGAGGUGGACGCCCCGUCUCUUGGAAAGUGCAUGACAUUCCCCUGUGGCCGCUGGCUGGCGAAGAAUGAAGACGACGGUGCCAUCGUCAGGGACCUCUUCCACGCGGAGCUUCAGACGAGGCUGUACACACCAUUUGUCCCUUACGAGAUCAUCCUCUACACGAGUGACGUCUUUGCUGCCGGGACGGACGCCAACAUCUUCAUCGUCAUCUAUGGCUGCGAUGCAGUGUGCACCCAGCAGAAGUACUUGUGCACCAACAAGAGGGAGCAGAAGCUGUUCUUUGAGAGGAAGUCAGCCUCCCGCUUCAUUAUGGAGUUAGAAGAUGUAGGGGAAAUCAUUGAGAAAAUUCGGAUCGGCCAUGACAACACAGGCAUAAAUCCGGGGUGGCACUGCUCCCACGUGGACAUCCGCAGGCUCCUCCCUGAUAAAGAUGGCACAGAGACCUUGACUUUCCCUUGUGACCGAUGGCUUGCCACGUCAGAAGAUGACAAGAAGACCAUUCGAGAACUGGUUCCUUAUGAUAUCUUCACUGAGAAAUACAUGAGAGAUGGGUCCUUGAGGCAAGUCUACAAGGAAGUGGAGGAACCUCUAGACAUUGUGCUGUACUCGGUGCAGAUCUUUACAGGAAAUGUUCCUGGGGCAGGGACGGACGCUAAGGUCUACAUCACCAUCUAUGGAGAUCUGGGGGACACUGGGGAGCGGUACCUUGGCAAGUCAGAGAACCGCACCAACAAGUUCGAGAAAGGAACGGCCGACACCUUCAUCAUCGAGGCCGCUGACCUGGGUGUCAUCUACAAGAUCAAGCUCCGCCACGACAACACCAAGUGGUGUGCAGACUGGUAUGUGGAGAAGGUGGAGAUCUGGAAUGACACCAAUGAGGAUGAGUUCCUGUUCCUGUGCGGGCGCUGGCUGUCCCUGAAGAAGGAAGACGGGAGGCUCGAGAGGCUCUUUUAUGAGAAGGAGUACACUGGGGACCGAAGCAGCAACUGUAGCAGCCCGGCUGACUUCUGGGAGAUCGCCCUGAGCUCCAAGAUGGCCGACAUCGACAUUGCCACAGUGACGGGGCCCAUGGCUGACUACGUGCAGGAGGGCCCAGUGAUUCCAUACUACGUGUCAGUCACCACCGGGAAACACAAGGACGCAGCCACUGACAGCCGGGCCUUUGUCCUCCUCAUCGGGGAGGAUGAUGAACGCAGUAACCGCAUCUGGCUGGACUUCCCCCGGGGGAAGAAGGGCUUCAGCUGUGGCUCCGUGGAGGAGUUCUAUGUUGCUGGCUUGGAUGUGGGCAUCAUCAAGAAAAUAGAGGUGCUCUAUGAGAUGACAGUGUGGACGGGUGAUGUGGUUGGCGGUGGCACAGACUCCAACAUCUUUAUGACCCUCUAUGGCAUCAAUGGCAGCACAGAGGAAGUGCAGCUGGACAAAAAGAAGGCCAGAUUUGAGCGGGAGCAGAAUGAUACCUUCAUCAUGGAGAUCCUGGACAUCGCUCCAUUCACUAAGAUGCGGAUCCGAAUUGAUGGCCUGGGCAGCCGGCCUGAGUGGUUCCUGGAGAGGAUCCUACUGAAGAACAUGAAUACUGGAGACCUGACCAUGUUCUACUAUGGAGACUGGCUGUCCCAGCGGAAGGGCAAGAAGACUCUGGUGUGUGAAAUGUGCGCUGUCAUCGAUGGGGAGGAGAUGAUGGAGUGGACCUCCUACACUGUCUCAGUUAAGACCAGUGACAUCCUGGGAGCAGGCACCGAUGCCAAUGUGUUCAUCAUCAUCUUUGGGGAGAAUGGGGACAGUGGGACCCUGGCCCUGAAGCAGUCAGCCAAUUGGAACAAGUUUGAACGGAACAACACGGACACGUUCAACUUCUCUGACAUGCUGAGCCUGGGCCACCUCUGCAAGCUGAGGGUCUGGCAUGACAACAAAGGGAUCUUUCCUGGCUGGCACGUGAGCUACAUCGACGUGAAGGACAACUCGCGUGAUGAGACCUUCCGCUUCCAAUGUGACUGCUGGCUCUCCAGGAGUGAGGGUGACAGGCAGACGCUCCGCGACUUUGCCUGUGCCAACAACGAGAUCCGUGAUGAGCUGGAGGAGACCACCUACGAGAUCGUCAUAGAAACAGGCAACGGAGGCGAAACCAGGGAGAACGUCUGGCUCAUCCUGGAGGGCAGGAAGAACCGAUCCAAAGAGUUUCUCGUGGAAAAUUCUUCCCGACAGCGGGCCUUUAGGAAGGGGACCACGGACACGUUCGAGUUUGACAGCGUCUACUUGGGGGACAUUGCCUCCCUCUGCGUGGGCCAUCUCGCCAGGGAGGACCGGUUCAUCCCCAAGAGAGAGCUGGUCUGGCACGUCAAGACCAUCACCAUCACCGAGAUGGAGUACGGCAACGUGUACUUCUUCAACUGUGACUGCCUCAUCCCCCUCAAGAGGAAGAGGAAGUACUUCAAGGUGUUCGAGGUCACCAAGACGACCGAGAGCUUUGCCAGCAAGGUCCAGAGCCUGGUGCCGGUCAAGUACGAGGUCAUCGUGACGACGGGCUACGAGCCGGGUGCAGGCACCGACGCCAAUGUCUUCGUGACCAUCUUCGGGGCCAACGGGGACACGGGCAAGCGGGAGCUGAAGCAGAAAAUGCGUAACCUCUUCGAGCGGGGCAGCACCGACCGCUUCUUCCUGGAGACGCUAGAGCUGGGCGAGCUGCGCAAGGUGCGGGUGGAGCACGACAGCAGCGGCUACUACUCGGGCUGGCUGGUGGAGAAGGUGGAAGUCACCAACACCAGCACCGGAGUGGCCACCAUCUUUAACUGCGGCCGGUGGCUGGACAAGAAGCGAGGCGACAGGCUCACCUGGAGAGACCUCUUCCCUUCCGUCUGA